AUGGGGCGGGGAGGGAGAAGAUCCAACACCUUCAAAAAAUCCCUCACUCCCGAGAUGCCGGGAGGAUCCCAAACCAUCCGGAAAGGCCACAGAGGAGUGGAUUCCACGGGGGAAACCACCUACAAAAAGACCACGUCGUCGGCGCUGAAGGGCGCGAUCCAGCUGGGCAUCACGCACACCGUGGGCAGCCUCAGCACCAAGCCCGAGCGCGACGUGCUCAUGCAGGACUUCUACGUCGUCGAGAGCAUCUUCUUCCCCAGCGAGGGCAGCAACCUGACCCCCGCCCACCACUACAACGAUUUCCGCUUCAAGACCUACGCGCCCGUGGCCUUCCGCUACUUCCGGGAGCUCUUCGGGAUCCGCCCGGACGAUUACCUGUAUUCCCUGUGCAACGACCCCCUGAUCGAGCUCUCCAACUCGGGCGCCAGCGGCUCGCUCUUCUACGUCUCCAGCGACGACGAGUUCAUCAUCAAAACCGUGCAGCACAAGGAGGCCGAGUUCCUGCAGAAGCUCCUGCCCGGAUAUUACAUGAACCUGAACCAAAACCCCCGGACCCUCCUACCCAAAUUUUACGGUCUGUACUGCGUGCAGGCCGGGGGGAAGAACAUCCGAAUCGUGGUGAUGAACAACCUCCUGCCCCGCUCGGUGCGGAUGCACCUCAAGUACGACCUCAAAGGCUCCACCUACAAACGCCGGGCCUCACAAAAAGAGCGGGAAAAGGUUUUCCCGACUUUCAAGGACUUGGAUUUCAUGCAGGACAUUCCCGACGGGCUUUUCCUGGACUCGGAUAUGUACAACGCCCUGUGUAAGACGCUGCAGAGGGAUUGCUUGGUUCUCCAGAGUUUCAAGAUCAUGGAUUACAGCCUGCUGGUGGCCAUCCACAACCUGGACCAGGCGCAGCGCGAGCGCGCGGCCGGCGCCGGCUGCGGGGACGGGCCAGGGCGGCCGGCGGCGCAGAGAGCGCUCUACUCCACUGCCAUGGAAUCCAUCCAGGGAGAGGCUCCACGGGGAGGAACCUUCGACACCGACGACCAGAUGGGCGGAAUUCCCGCCCGGAAUUCCCGCGGCGAGCGGCUGCUGCUCUACAUCGGCAUCAUCGACAUCCUGCAGUCCUACCGGUUCGUGAAGAAGCUCGAGCACUCCUGGAAGGCGCUGGUGCACGACGGGGACACGGUGUCGGUGCACCGGCCCAGCUUCUACGCCGAGCGCUUCCAGCGCUUCAUGUGCCACACGGUGUUCCGCAAAAUCCCAC